UGAUGAUGGUUUUGACAGUAUAAGCGACAUUUUGAAGAAAAAGUUCGGGAAAAAGGAAUUUCAAUUGCACAAUAAUCGUGUGAAAAGGGUGAGAAAAGGUGCUAAAACGGUGUAGAAAUUGCCAAUAGUGUGUGGAGAAUUGUUCAGUGAGUGCAAAAAGUGUGAAAAGUGGCCAAAUUUGGGUGAAAAGGUGGCGUGAAAAGUGUGCGGCACACGUUCCCGGAGCAGAGUGAGAAAGCAACGCAAUCGCGGUUUCCAUUUCGUCGAAUGAAAAGGCGAAAAUUCCCAGAGAGUUUAUGUGGAGCGAUAUAAUUGAAAUUUAUUGUAAAUAAUUUUAACUGUGAGAUCGAGGGGUGAAUUGAGUGGUUAAACAAAAUGACAUGGGAGCCGCAGCCCGAAGGUUUGCAGCAAAUACUCAAUUUGCUGAAGGAAUCACAGUCACCAGACACAGAAAUACAACAAGCCGUUCAGAGGAAAUUGGAAGAACUUAAUCAAUAUCCGGACUUCAAUAACUACCUUAUCUAUGUCCUGACAAAAUUGAAAACGGAAGAUGAACCAACGAGAUCUCUCAGUGGAUUGAUAUUGAAGAAUAACAUUCGACAUCUUGGUACGAAUCUCCAGUCAGACAUCAUCAAUUACAUCAAGCAGGAAUGUCUGAUGGCUGUGGGGGAUCCAUCGCCAUUGAUAAGGGCAACAGUUGGUAUCCUGAUAACGACAAUUGCCAGCAAGGGUGGUCUGAUAAAUUGGCCAAAUCUCCUGGAGACUCUGGUCAAUAUGCUGGAUUCGGAGGAUCACAAUGUGUGCGAAGGGGCUUUUGGGGCACUUCAGAAGAUUUGUGAGGAUUCAGCUGAGGGUUUGGAUAGUGCUGACCUCAAUCGUCCACUCAAUGUGAUGAUUCCGAAAUUCCUGCAAUUCUUCCAUCAUUCGAGUCCCAAGAUACGUUCACAUGCCAUCGCGUGCAUCAAUCAGUUCAUCAUUCACAGGACGCAGGUGCUGAUGCUGUACAUCGAUGCGUUCAUUGAGAAUCUGUUCCGGUUGUCAUCGGAUGAGGAUCAUGAGGUGCGCAAGAAUGUGUGCAGGGCACUGUGUAUGCUGCUGGAGGUGCGAAUGGAUAGAUUGAUGCCGUACAUGAAUCAGAUAAUUGAGUAUAUGCUGCAACGGAGUCAGGAUCAGGAUGACAGUGUAGCUCUUGAGGCAUCGGAAUUUUGGCUGUCACUGGCUGAGCAGAAUAUCUGCAAGGAUGUCCUUGGACCCCAUCUACCGCGACUUGCACCGAUACUCAUCCGUGGAAUGAGAUAUUCAGACAUAGACAUCAUUCUGCUGAAGGGGGAUGUCGAGGAGGAUGAAAUGAUUCCGGAUCGAGAGGAAGAUAUUCGUCCGCGAUUUCAUAAAUCUCGAACACAUACCCUCAAGUCAUCGAGCGAUGAAAAUGGUGACAAUAUUGAUGAUGAUGAUGGAAUGGAUGAUGAUAAUUCGCUGUCUGAGUGGAAUCUGCGAAAGUGCAGUGCAGCAGCUCUCGAUGUUCUGGCCAAUGUUUUCCGGGAGGAAUGCCUACCGAUUCUCUAUCCCAUUCUCAAUGAGAUUCUCUUCCAUCAACAGUGGGAGAUUAAGGAGAGUGGAAUAUUGGCUCUGGGAGCCAUUGCUGAAGGCUGUAUGCAGGGCAUGGUGCCCCAUUUGCCCGAACUCAUCCCAUACCUCAUUUCCUGCCUGUCAGACAAGAAGGCCCUUGUGCGUUCCAUCACUUGCUGGACACUGUCGCGUUAUGCCAAUUGGGUGGUCAUACAGCCCAAUCACGAUCAGUAUUUGAAGCCACUGAUGGAGGAAUUGCUCAAGAGGAUUCUGGAUGCCAAUAAGAGGGUGCAGGAGGCAGCUUGUUCGGCUUUUGCCACACUGGAAGAGGAAGCAUGCACGGAAUUGGUGCCCUAUUUGAGUUUUAUCCUCAAAACCCUCGUGUUUGCCUUCUCCAAAUAUCAGCACAAAAACUUGCUUAUUCUCUACGAUGCCAUUGGUACAUUGGCGGAUUCUGUAGGGCACCAUUUGAAUAAGCAAGAUUACAUCAAUAUGCUGAUGCCACCGCUGAUUCACAAGUGGAAUAUGCUGAAGGAUGAAGAUAAGGAUUUGUUCCCCUUGUUGGAGUGCCUGUCGAGUGUGGCAACUGCACUUCAAUCGGGCUUUUUGCCGUACUGUGAGCCUGUGUACAAUCGAUGUAUCUCUCUGAUACAGCAGACAAUCAAUCAGGAUAUGGCCAAUACGGCGAGUCCGGGACAAUAUGAGCAACCGGACAAAGAAUUUAUGAUUGUGGCACUCGAUUUGCUGUCGGGGCUGGCUGAGGGCUUAGAUGGGCAUAUUGAGUCGCUGGUUGUGAAUAGCAAUAUAAUGGAAUUGCUGUUUCAGUGCAUGCAAGAUAUAAUGCCAGAAGUGAGACAGUCAUCAUUUGCUCUACUGGGAGAUUUAACAAAGGCUUGCUUUCAACAUGUGGCUCGCUACAUUCCGGACUUUUUGCCAAUUCUCGGCCAAAAUUUAAAUCCAGAGUGUAUAUCCGUGUGCAACAAUGCCAUAUGGGCAAUUGGGGAAAUUAGUAUCAAGCUGGGUGCUGAAACACGAUUGUACAUCCCCCUUGUUCUCAAUCAGUUGAUUGCCAUCAUCAAUCGUCCCAAUACAACGAAAACACUAUUGGAAAAUACAGCUAUAACAAUCGGUCGUCUAGGUUUAGUGUGCCCCCUUGAUGUGGCUCCUUUAUUACAACAGUUUGUUCGGCAGUGGUGCACAUCGCUACGAAAUAUACGUGACAAUGAGGAGAAGGAUUCUGCUUUUAGAGGCAUGUGUCAAAUGAUAAGUGUUAAUCCGGUUGGAGUUGUUCCGGACUUUAUCUUCUUCUGUGAUGCAGCUGCAUCAUGGGUAAGUCCAAAGAGUGACUUACAUGAGAUGCUACAAAAGAUACUUUCUGGCUUCAAGACUCAGGUCGGUGAGGAAAACUGGAGACGAUUUGUCGAUCAAUUCCCACCACAAUUGGCUGAACGUCUGACCACGAUGUAUGAUAUCUAAAGGAAUGAAAACAAAAGGUAAAUAAUCUACAAUGAAUUACUCGUGAGGAUUUAUUUACUUAAGACAGACAGAGAUCAAUCAUGUGAAAUGGCACAAUUUUACACAAAAAAAACUGCAAAAAUAAUAUUAUUGCAGUUGAUUUUUUUUUCAUAUUUAGAUAAUGAAGGAGAAAAGAAGAAACAAAAGAAAUAUCUUUAAUUUCAGUAGAAAGGCAUUCUAAAUAAAAAAAAAUUAUAAUUGAAUCAGUAA